AUGGACGGCUCACCGGGUGAAGAACACCUCGCAUUCACACAAUGGGCCGCAUCGAAUGGCGUCACAAUUAACGGCAUCGCGCCAGCCCGGUUUCCCGGCCGCCGACUAGGCAUGGUAGCCACCAGAACAAUAGAAGAGGAUGAGCUCAUGCUUUCCGUGCCCCUGGCAUUGAUGGUAACCAUUGACUCAAUCCCGUCAUGGUUCGUGGAUCGGUUUCCGGAGAACGCAUCCAACCAUGCGAUUAUGGCCGCGUAUCUCACGCACGGCGACGCAGAGCUGCUCAAGCCGCUGGAUGCCUGGCGGCGAACAUGGCCGAAUUGGCAGGAAUUCCAAGAUACCAUGCCUGUGCUUUGGCCCGAGCACCUCCGACGAUUGAACUCGGGGACGGCCGCAGGCAGGAACUCCUCGUCCGAUGCUCCGAGUAUACUUCCGCCAUCGAUCUCGGGGUCAUGGAACUCGUUCUCCAAAACGCCAGUGAAUGUGGACUACGAGGUGAGAUAUCAGCAGUUGCUGCCACAGCAGGAGAAACGGCUCAAGGACUCGUGGGAGCAAGUUGUCUCGGUGUUUCCGGAUACGGAAUGGGAGUCUUUCACGUAUAACUGGUGUAUUAUCAACUCGCGCAGUUUUUACUAUACGUCGCCUGGAAAGGGCGAGCCGGCAGACUGGAACGAUGCGAUAGCGUUGGUUCCGUUUGCAGAUUAUUUCAACCAUGAGGAUGAUGCGGCUUGCGGGGUUAAUUUUGAUGGCUCAAAGUAUACGUUCACAGCGACGAAGAGAUACGAAAAAGGAGAAGAGAUCUUCAUGAGCUACGGAGCACAUUCUAACGACUUCUUACUGAUUGAAUAUGGUUUUUAUCUCGACAAGAACGAGUCGGAUUCGAUAUUCCUGGACGACAUCAUCUUCCAGGAACUUUCGAUGCCACAAAAAAAGGAACUUGCCCUUCGCGAAUAUUUCGGCAAUUACGAAGUUCUGGCAGAGGGCCCCAGCACCGCUGUCCAACUUGCCGCGUGUUUGAAGUACAUGUCCCUCCGGGACUGGCGAAAAUACGUCCUCGGACAAUCUGAUCGCAGCGUGGAUCGGGAAAAGACUGCGGCGGUGAUCUGUGGAUGGGUCAAUACAUACCUCAACGAAAGUAUCUUGACUAUGGAGACCAUCGAGAAAAUGAAGAGCCAAACACCUGCUGCUGAUUCAAAGGAGAGCGAACGGCUGGACACAAUAUUAGGGCGAUGGAAGCAGAUUCGACGAUUAUGUGAGAAGAUAAUAGAGGGAUUGAACUGACCCUUAUAUGAUUAGCAUUCAUAAAUAUCAUAUCGAUGCACUUUCAUCCAUGC